CCAACGUUCACGUGUCCACUCAGUUUCUCACCAGAUGCCAGUGGAAGUUGCGGCCGCUAGGUUGGCAGCAGCAUCGCCCGUCCCGAAGCGAGGUGGUCGUAGUUCCGCCGGGCGACCGCCAGAUAGCAGCACGGGGCGGCGUGCGGGAAUCAAAGCAGUCGCGUGCGCUGCAGGGGCCAGCUGUCACACCUGGCGGUCGGCUGCAUCUCCCUGGCUUGCACGUACGAGCACAGCUGGCGUGUCGCGAACAACGUUCGGAUUCGAAAUUUUAAAUAUGCAUACGUGUGUGUACUGGCGUAGUGCGAGCCAUGCAAGUGCAUGGCAGUGAUACUUUUCGGAAAGUUAAAGUGACCACGGUUGACAGUUUCGUGUGUGUGUUUGGUGUUGACAGUUGCACGGAAACAACACAUGUUUGUAUUGUUGCUGGCAUUUAAUUUGACUUCCGGGAAAAUAGACUCAACUGAAAAACUACGUACCACGCGUAUAACGGUGGCAAAAUAAAAAAGGUGCGUUCAGUUUUACGUGUAUUAAUAUUGCUUUUAUUUAUGUUAACAUUAAUGAAUGUUAAUUAGCUUAGCGCUAGGUAUUGUGUGUGUUUUUUUUAAACAAACUUUUUAAACUGCCUUGCUAAGAUUUUGUAUUUUAAAUGAUGAAGUGAUUCACUAGCCAUAACCUUAAAUGUUGGAGGAAGUUUGAAUUCUGAAGGGGAAAAAAUCAACUAUGCAUUGGAGCAAUGAAUAUCUUCAUCUCUGAAGAACGGAUUCUUCUCAUCUGAAUAUUCUUCGGUGAAGAAUCUGGUGGGCUCGCGGCCAUGCCGGCGCCGCGCCCGUGAUGACGUCGCUGCAGCAGAAGAGGCCGGCCGGCCGCCACCCCGCCCCCCCGCACGAGCCCACCGCCGCCCCCGGCACCGCCGCCAAGGGGCUGCUCAACGCCCCCGGCCAGAACAACUGCUUCCUCAACAGCGCCGUGCAGGUGCUGUGGCAUCUGGACAUCUUCCGCCGCAGCUUCCGGGAGCUGACCGGACAUGCCUGCAUGGCCGACUCCUGCAUCUUCUGCGCCCUCAAGGAGCUGUUUGCGCAGCUGCAGUUCAGCCAGGAGAGCGCGCUGCCGCCCGACGCCUUGCGCCGCGCCCUGGCGGAGUCCUUCUUCGACCAGCAGCGCUUCCAGCUGGGCUUCAUGGACGACGCGGCCGAGUGCUUUGAGAACAUCCUGCUGCGCAUCCACCUGCACAUCGCGAGCGGCGAGGCCGAGGACAUGUGCAGCGCGCGCCAGUGCAUCCCACACCAGAAGUUCGCCAUGACGCUGGUGGAGCAGAGCGUGUGCGGGGCCUGUGGGGCCACGUCCGAGCCGCUGCCGUUCACCCAGAUGGUGCACUACGUGUCUGCCUCCGCCCUGACUGCCCAGGCUCGCCAGAACCCCGAUCAGUUUGGCCAACUUCUCAGGAAAGCUGGAGGGAUGGGAGACAUCCGGGACUGCCCGAGUGCCUGCGGGGCCAAGAUCCAGAUCUGCCGCGCGCUGAUGAACCGGCCGGAGAUCGUGUCGGUGGGCGUGGUGUGGGACUCGGAGCGGCCGACGCUGGAGCACAUCAUGGACGUGUUCGCGACGGUGGGCACGUCCCUGCGGCUGUCGGACGUGUUCCACAGCGUGGUGGACCACCGCUGGGCCGCCGCCACCACGCACCAGCUCGUGGGCGUGGUCACCUACUACGGCAAGCACUACUCCACGUUCUUCUUCCACACCAAGCUGCAGGUGUGGAUUUACUUUGACGAUGCCACUGUGCGCGAAGUCGGUCCUCGCUGGGAGCAAGUGGUGGAGAAGUGCCGCAGGGGCCACUACCAGCCGCUGCUGCUGCUGUACGCCGUGCAAGGAGGUUCGCAAGUGGCGUCGGACACGGCGGCCAAGUCCUCCGCGCCGAGGGAGCACGGCCAGGAGUUCCCCUCCAAGCCCAACCUGCCGGCCGAGAAGACGCAGCCGUCGUCGUGGCAACAGCAGCUGCUGCGGCCGGGCGACAAGGCGACCGACUUCCUCCGCUCCCAGCGCCCGGAGCCGGGGUUCCCGGCGGAGAGGGCCCGCUACCCCGGCGAGGCACGCCGCUCCGUGACCCCGAGCCCGGAGAAGAACGGCGGCGGCGGGCACGGCUCUUUCACGCGCCGCGCCAUCACGCCCAACCCCGACCACUACGGGCACCGGCGCGAGGCGCCCGAGGGGGCGGAGGGCUCCCUCGCCGACCCCUGCUCGCUGCCCCGGGCGUACGGCGACUACCAGAACCUGCGGAGCAUCCAGGACGCCAUCUUCGGCGGCGCCGCGGACCGGCCGGAGGGGGGCGAGCCCGGCUACAUCAGCCGGCGCGCCGUCGAGAGCGUGCUGAGCUUCCAGCAGAAGAAGCAGGCGGGCGACGGCAUCGCGGUGCCGGACCGCCUGAACGUGCCUCGCCGCAGGGACUCGGGCAACUGGAGCGGUGACCGCAACAGCGCCAGCUCGUCGUCUUCCACCUCCACGUCCACGGAGAACCCCUACAUGUUCAUCCCGAGCAAGCCCCGCCCCAAGGGCCCCUGUGACGGCGGCUACGACUCGUACUCCCUGUCCUCCAACGACAGUCUGCCUCUGCAGCAGGGCCUGAAGCACAACCUGCAGCAGCUGGCGCAGAUCCCGGAGGGCACGCCCGACGACUGCGAGCGGAUGUGCCAGGAGGCGGACCGCCUGCUGGAGAAGUGCCGGGCGCUGGAGGAGACCUCGGACUUCCAGGCCGCGCUGGUGAUGUGCUACGCGGCGGUGGGCAUCGCGCGCGCCGCCAUGGACGCCCCCUACAACAACCCCCGCACCCUGGCGUUCGCGCAGAUGAAGCACAACUCCUGCGUCAUGAAGGCGCGCAGCCUCAACAGGCACCUCAUGCACGAGAAGGCAGCGCACGGCUCCUCCAGCAAGGACGGAGCUGGCCUGGAGAUCAGACAUUCCAGAGAAGGAAGUCGCAGCUCGCAACAUUCUCGACAGGGGUCCAGGGAGUCUCGGCAGAGUUUCGACAAACUGCCUGGAGAGAAACCAUCGAAAGUGAUCGAAAUCUACGCGACCCUACCGAAGAAAAAAGCCGGCAGCUCCAAACCAGGGAAGGAAGAAGCUGAUUAUUUAUCUCAUGAGAGGCAAGCCAGAGAUCUUCUUCCAGGUUUUGGCCGCAAGAGAGAUGACGAAAAGCGAGCCCGCAGUGAAGAGCGGAGGAACAAGAGCUAUUCUGUUCACACUCUGCCCAAGGAAAAUGCAGCAAAGAUCAAUGAAAAAUCUGUGAAAAAAGAAAAUGAUAAAUUUACUGAGGAAAUAACAAAGAAACCUACUGCCGGGGAAGUGAAACCAGGGAAAAAGCAGCACAAGAUUCGUAGAAAAUUAUUAAUGGGGGGGUUGAUUCGUCGCAAGAACCGAUCGAUGCCAGACCUCAGAGAAGGGCAAGACGUGGCCAUGGAAGGCAAAAACGGUUCAAAAUUAGAAACGAAAGAUGCAUCAGUGCCUCUGAAAGCCACGCAGGACGAUAGUAGCGUGGGUGUGAAAGGCUCGAGCAAAACACCUGCCGGUCAGUUAAGUGGCUAUUUGUCGGAGGGGCAUCUCGAAUACUCGGGAAGCGGAAAUCCAAACCUGGAACGGAGCAAGCUAAUGAGGAAAAGUUUCCACGGAAGUGUGGGCAAAGUGUUGCACAUUGCCAAAGUCCCGCCGCCUCCUCCUCUUCGUACGACUUCCCAGCUCUCUGCCAAGGCCGGCGCAGAGAAGAACGACGCGUACUUCGACCAGCAGCGACCGACGAACAAGGACUACAGCGAGGGGAUCCAAGCUCGGUCGCAGCAGCCGGUGGUCGAAACUACCGCGAGUCACGGUGCCAAAACAUUCUGUAACGGAGGUGUGGAGCCCACCUCGCUGCCCUACAUGCCGACGUACAGUGUGAGUGUGGCCAAGGGCGACAACAGGUACCACGGCGAGGUGGUGACGUACGGAAGUGCAAGCUCUCAGUGCGAUAAGUAUCACGGGGACGUGGUUAUGUACGGUGGAACCCUGUGGGACAACAGAGCGCAUUAUAGCAGACUCGUCACGCAGGCGGAAGUGCACAGAGAGCGGGAUAGCAGUGUCUCGCCCAUCCUCAACAUUCCCCCCAUCACCACUUUGCUGCCUCCGCAAGACUCUGUGGAUGUGGUCGACGGACUGUGCAAGGAGUCCAUCUCCCCGGCGAACUCUCUGGUGUCUCUGACCCUGCCACCCUACCCCAGUCCCCCGGGCUCCGUGUCGCACUCUCGCCAAGCCAGCGAGGAGUUCCCUCCGCCCCCGCCGCCCCUGGGGGCCUGCGUCGCUGGCGAGGAUGCGCUCCGUGCCUCCCCGACGCCGCAGCUGCCCCCCGGGGGGAGCAGCCUGCUGGUGCAGUUGCAGCGCAAGAGGCAGGAGAUCCUGAGCAAGGGUGAGGGCGUGAACCGAGGUGCAGAGCCGAGGACUUCCAGCGGGAAGACGGGAGAGGAAUUCCUGAAGGAGCUUCAAGCAAAGCAGGCGGAGCGAAAGCUGAAAAGACUGCAAAAUGAGCAAUCGAGUGAUGGCGGUGGUAGACUUCUACAAGAAGCUGGUGCAGGUGGUGCGUUAGUCGAUGGGAAGUCAUCAUCUGUGAAAGACUUGGCAUCAAAAUUCGAAAGUAUCAGGAUUCAUACAGCUUCGCCAAAGUUCCAGUCGCCGUCCCCGAAUACCGUCAUGAACUGUGAUGGUAAAUUGAGCAGGCCAAGUUCUGUGUAUGACCAAGUUACUAGCAGUACUCCUCCUUGUAGCAGUCCCAGUUUUGAAAAUGUAACUGCAGCACGAUAUGCAUAUCUUCCAUCAUCGUCCAAUUAUACCUAUCAAGAUUCAGACAUUAAUACUCCAAAUGUAACCACGAGUUACACUGACCACAUACCAGUCCUUAACUCGAAGACUGAAUUGGUGGAAGGGCAAGAUAUACGAUUGUCUGCAAGUGUUUUUCAAAAUGUGAAAAAUUGCUCAACUGAAGAAAUUGACGAUGUGAAGGAGUCCAGGAAGAAAACAAAGAAAAAAAGUGUUACCUUUUGUGACCAAGUCAUUUUGGUUGCCACGGCUGAAGAUGACGUGGAUGACAGCUACAUUCCCAACCCAAUACUGGAGCGUGUUCUUCGCUCUGCUUUCCCUCAGAAGCAGGGAAAAGGGACGGAGAGCAGGAGCAAUCAGCAGGGGAGAGCGUUCUGCCAGCAGACGGUGCCGUUGAACACGGAGCCCAACUCUCAGCUCGUGCAGAGAAGAAGUUUAGCUCUGCUCCAGCACCCUCCACACCUCCAGAGCUCAAAUCCUGGCCAGCAGCCUCCUCCGACAGUUCCUCACCAGUUGCCACAACAGACAAACAGCACAGGUCCUCACAUAACUUCCCAUCAGCAGCCCACGUCUUCCAAUCAGUCACGUGUUCACCAGCAUCACAGCACUUACGCACAACAGCAGCAGCAGCAGCCUUCCAUCACAAAUCAUAACCACUUGCAACAUAUGGUCACGAACCAGAGCUACUUACAACCUUCUGUCGCGUAUCAGAACCCCCAACAUCCUUCUGUCGUGAAUCAGAACCCCCAACAUCCUUCUGUCGUGAAUCAGAAUCACCAACAGCCUUCCGUCGUGAAUCACAACCAUCCGCAACCCCCCAUCACAAACCACUCGCACAUGCAAGCUUCCGUCGCACAUCACGCGUCCCUCCAACCACAGUCCCAGAGCACGACUUCGAUUCAUCACGCCCAGCUGCAUUCGCAAGCGCACUCUCCGAACUACCAGCACGCUCAGCACCACCAGCAGAUGAUGUCCCAAAACUACUCACAGGUUCAGCAGCAUCCUCAAGUGGAGUACUCCACGCAUCCGCAUGCGCAGAUGUCCAUGCACACGCAGCAGCAAGGGAUAGCUGCGAGUCACCCACAUGCACCGCAGCAGUUGCACGGCUACCAACAGCAGCAGCAGCAGCAGUCUUGCCAGCCUCACGCACAGCAACAGACUCACGGCUACAUGCAGCAACAACCUCCCGGAUACAUGCAGCAACAGCAGCAGGUGACAGUAGGUGGCCAUCUUUAUGCACAGCAACAACAGCCGCACAGCUACUCACAGCAGCAGCAGCACACGGCGCCUGUCAGCUACCAACACGCUCAGCAGCAGCCUCACGCGAACGCACAGCAGUCACAGAAUCCCGGCCCGGGUCGGCCGUACCUGCAGCCGGAUCCUUCGAGCCACCAGCAGUCCCCGGGAGAGCCCGCGAGCUACCUCCAAGCCUCCCAGAAGCCCGGCGCGGGAGCCCACCUCGACGAGCACCUGCCCAGGUACCAGCCCCCUCCCCCGGCCGCGCGCCAGCCGCACUGGCAGCAGAGGCUCGCGCCGGCCGCGCCCCCCUACCAGAGGCCUCCGCCCCCGAGGCCCCUCAAGGCCGCGGCGAAGAAGUGCGAGCUGUGCCGCACCAAGCUGGUGACCCCUCCGUGGACGUACUGCCCCGACUGCGACUUCUACAUGAUGAAGUUCCGCCCGAAGAACCAGCGGACAGAGGGUCUGUGCGGGAGGGACGCAAACCAGUAGCGCCGCGCCCUGAAGUAUUUCCACUUGUGAACACUAGGUGGUUGCUGAAAUACUUGAGCUCGUAAACUGUACCUAGGUAUUUUGGUUUGACAUUCAGCUUGCAGUCGGCUCUCGGAAGGAAAUGUUUUUUGUGAUUCCUAAAACCUAACAGUAUGUAUGACACACCUUUAAAAGUUAAUAGAAAGAAAAACUACUACUCUGGGUUACAAUGUCGGUAAACCAGGCUUGUAUAAAAUGGUCACAUGUACAAGGACGAUGUCAGUUUAUGUUUGUGUAAAUUUUAGACAUGUUUAAGUGAACAUUGUUACUUAAUGCCUAUUUAUGGUCAUUUAAUUUAAGUGUAUAGUUUCACCAUUUUCAAGCAUUUCAGUGUUACAAAUUUUAAUUAUUAAUUUUAUUUAUGAGUUGCAUCAAUCUAAACCUAAAGGCUAAGCUACUUAAGUCAAGGAAAGUUGAAAGUGUAACAGUGAGAUCUUCCAGUAUGAUUAAAAUAAAAAUAAAUUACACAAGUUUUCACAGGGUCAGAGAAAAUGUGAUUUUUAAGUCUGUAUUAGUUUACCAAACGGGAAAAAAAUACUUCAAUUAAAAUAAUAUUUAAGGACACUAUAAGUUUUUAAUUUGAAACUUAAUUGCUCAAAAAGUAAACUCUAUAAUUUUGGCUUUCGGUAUUUCUUUUUUUUUACAUAUCCUCUACAACACAAUCUUCAUGCACUAGUGCAUUUGUAAGGUGUUAUUUUUGUGUACUGCUUUAAAAAAAAAAAAUUGGUUUGAAUAUUUUUUUAAAAAAUUUAUUGAUAUAUGGAGUUUUGGUGUCUGCAGAUGCUCUACUGUUUUUAUCAUUAAGUAAUGUAUUACAUUCUUUAUAUCUCACUGUAAAAUUGUAAAUAUGUGCAUAUUGAAAGUUUUCCACAGCAUUUAAGUUCAAUAAUUGUUACUUAAACUGUUUCCACACAUUGGGGACAUAAUGAGGUAAAAUAUGUCCAUAAAAUUUUUGCACAAAUUGUUUCCAAACAUGAGAUUGUAUAUAAAUAUAUAUUUUUUCAAAAGCAGAAAUGAAUUAAGGUUGUGAAUACUGUAUUAACAUAGUAGACCUGUUGGAUGAUGUUGCAUUUUGAAUGUUUGUUAUUUAAACAUUUAAACUGUUUUCACACGUUGGGGACAGUGGAACAUACGUCCACAGUAUUUUUUCAUCAAUCAUACCCAAUCAUAAGUGAAUGCUAAACAUAUAGUAUAUUUUUUCACAAGGCAAGAGUUGAAUUUUUGUUGUGAAUAUGUUGACUUGUUAGGUAUGAAUAACUAGUUAAGUAUGUGCAAGUGACAAAUAAAUUUUAUAUUGCGUGUUGACUUUGUUAAGGCUUGUGGCCAACCCUUAGCUGUAAGUUUUUCCUGACAGCCUUAACAGUUAGCGGACUCACCGCCUAGGCAAUAAACUGUCAGUUCAAGUACCUGAAUUCAAGUUCCGUAGCUUGCAGACAAUAAUGUCAUCUAAAUGUAGUUUUUUGUACUAAAUGGAAGUUGAUCUCAUUAAUUGUAGAUAUAUAUAUAUUUUUUUUAUGUGUUAUAAUUUUAUUUUGUGUGUUUAGGUGUUUUAGGUGAUCUGAAGAAUCUUCUUGAAAACCCUAAAUUAAUUUUUUUUUCAAGUACAGAUUGUUCUUACAGUUUCACAGCUUAUGAUUAAGGUUGUAAUAUAUAUAUUUUUUAAAGUGGAAAUACACUGUAAAACAAUAUGUUGUCUCAUAUUACUAUGUAGUUUUAUCCCUCAACUACCCCAAAUGGUGUGUGAUUGAAUAUUAUAGCAAAAAUGGUCCAUUUAGCAUAGUAAUAACUCAGUAUUAUCCACCUUAUCCACUCCAAUACCUAUGACUGAUAGUGAAUGUGAACAUCCACAGUACUAGUCACCUUAUCUUUACAAAGUAUUUUUUUUAAAGGCCACACAACUUAAAUACUACCUACUGUUGAACCCUAUGGAGCAAGGUUAUGUAGUGGUAACACACUGGACUUAUAUUACAGAGGACCUGUGUUGGUCUGUACACCUCCUUAAUUUCAUUUGAAAGUCCUUAAUUUGAUUUUCAUUCCUUAAAUUUCACCAUGGAUCCUAUAAAACUCCCUGAAAAACAUUCCAUCGCAUAAAAAUUAAAAUCAAUUAAAAAUACAUAGUAUUUAUUGUGUGUAUACUUUUAAUAGGUAUUUCAUUUUGAACUCCAGCAGAAAAGCAGUGUCUCAUUGGCAUUUAGCUCUGUACAUUCUCUUUGUGCCUGCAUUUCUUGUGAUAAUAAUGAAACAGAAGACUCUUUUUGUGAAAGUAAUAAUAGUUUCACUUGUGGUAAACUACGAGUAAAAAAUCAAACUAUUGAUAUUAAUUAAUAGCCAAAGAUGCUUAAAUGAUGUAGAAGCUCCUUACAAACUCCUUAAUUUUUAUUAAUGUGAAAAGGUACGUACUUGUUUCGUGGCUCGUGGCCCGGCCAGCCUGAUAUUGGUUUUCUAUUGUUUCCUGUGGUCACUUGAGGCCAAUUCUGGGGUGGUUCGAAACUUCAGGCUGGGGUAGCUUUCCUCCCACAGAAGCCUUGCGUGUUGUUGAGUUUCGCAGUCCAUAGAUCUGUGAUGAAACAUGAAGCCCAAUUUAAAGUAAAAAAAAAAAUUGGUUGUCUGUAAAGUCGGUUUACGGACGAUAGUUUAACGUGACAGCGUCAUAACAAAAC